CAAGACUAGCUUGUUGUAGUAGAUAUACACACCACCCCCACCUCACACCCUCACCCUCUUCAUCUCUCUUACACGAUUGAAUAGCCCACUUGCGAAGCACAGCAUCGUACCAAACCAACACCAGCCAAGUGAAAGCUCGAGCUACUCCUUCUACUACAGUCGAUCAGCUCGAUCAUGGGCAACUGCCUCUAUACCGGCGAUGGUGGCGGCAGCGAAGGUGGCGGCUACCUGUCCGGAGGAGACGGCCAAGGAAGAACGAAGGUGACGGAGGAGGUUGCGCCGUCUUCGGUGCUGAAGGUGAAGAUGGUGCUGACCAAGGCGGAGCUGGAGUGGCUCAUGGCGCAGCUCAAGGGCGGCGACCGGCGCCUCGAGGACGUGCUCCGGGAGAUGGCGCGCAAGCGGGACGCUCGCGGGUGGCGGCCCAGCCUCGAGAGCAUCGACGAGUGCGGCUCCGACUCCGAGACGGCCGCCAUCUGCUUCGACUGACGUACAGACCGGUGCGAGUGAGUGGCAUCGUCGUGCGUGCUCCUACAGCACGACGCAGAGCAGAACACGUAUAUAGUUUCUUCUUGUAAAUUGCAAUUCUUCCGUUAAUGUCGACCUGGCUGAAUUCCGCCAUCCUGAGCCGUGAGGUGAUGAGUUAAUCGUAGGGGACAGUCUAGCUAGGUUCUUCUUGAGUAGAUCUGUAGCUUGUUGCAGCUUGUUCGAUUGUACUUAAGGAGCUCGUUCUUGCUCCCUUCUCUUCUUCUUCUCCUUGUUUGUAAAUAUUGAUGAUGGAAAAUGGUGAACGAUUAACCGGUCA